CUCAAGAUAAUGGAAACUAUAUACCUAAUCAUCUCUAUCUUCUUCUUCUUCUUCCUCUCUCUCAAGUUCUUGUUCGGACGUAAACUAAACCUACCGCCGAGUCCAACACGACCGUACCCUAUCAUCGGACAUCUCCACCUCUUAAAGCUACCACUUCACCGUAGGUUCUUAUCUCUGUCUGAAUCUUUAAACAACGCCAAGAUCUUCUCUCUACGCCUCGGGACACGUCUAGUUUACGUUGUGUCUUCUCAUGCCGUAGCCGAGGAAUGUUUCACCAAGAACGACGUUGUUUUAGCUAACAGGCCUGAGUUUAUCGUCCAGAAACAUAUCGGAUACAACUCAACCACUAUGGUUGGUGCGGCUUAUGGUGAUAGCUGGAGGAAUCUAAGACGUAUUGGUACCAUUGAGAUCUUCUCGUCUCUUAGGCUUAAUAGCUUCAUAUCUAUCCGUAAAGAUGAGAUCCGACGGCUCAUAUUAUCUCUAUCCAAAAACUCUAAACAAGAGUUUGUGAAAGUGGAGAUGAGACCAUUGUUUAUGAGUUUAACUAUCAACAACAUCAUUAGGAUGGUGGCCGGAAAGAGAUACUACGGCGACGGAACAGAGAACGACGACGAGGCGAAGCACGUGAGACAGUUGAUCGCGGAGGUGGUGGUUAGUGGCGGAGCAGGGAACGCAGCUGACUAUUUUCCGGUACUUCGUUGGUUAACAAACUAUGAGAAACGGGUUAAGAAGUUAGCGGGUCGGGUUGAUGAUUUUUUGCAAAGUCUUGUGGAUGAGAAACGUGUGGAGAAAGUAAAGGGUAACACGAUGAUCGAUCAUUUGCUUUCUUUACAAGAAACUCAGCCUGCGUAUUAUACUGAUGUGAUCAUCAAAGGAAUUAUACUUGUUAUGAUACUUGCCGGGACUGAUACAUCAGCUGGAACGUUAGAAUGGGCGAUAUCGAAUUUGUUGAACCAUCCAGAAGUUUUACAAAAGGCAAAAGCCGAAAUCGACGAACAAAUCGGUUUGGACAGGUUAAUAGAGGAACAAGACAUUGUGAAACUUCCUUAUCUUCAGAACAUUGUGUCAGAGACUUUACGACUAUACCCGGUGGCUCCAAUGCUUCUUCCCCACUUAGCAUCAGAAGAUUGCGCGCUUGCGGGCUAUGAUGUCCCUCGUGGUACAAUCAUAUUGGUGAAUGCAUGGGCCAUUCAUCGAGAUCCUAAGUUGUGGGAAGAGCCGGAAAAGUUUAAGCCGGAGAGGUUUGAGAAACAAGGGGAGGAGAAAAAGUUGAUGGCGUUUGGGAUCGGACGACGAUCUUGUCCUGGAUCAGGGCUAGCUCAACGGCUCGUGACCUUGGCUCUUGGAUCGUUGAUCCAAUGUUUUGAAUGGGAGAGAGUUGGAAAAGAAUAUGUAGACAUGAGAGAAAGUGAAAAGGGAACUACAAUGCGUAGAGCUAAGCCCUUGCAAGCUAUGUGUAGAGCCCGUCCCAUUGUCCAUAAGAUUUUAGAUGAUUCUUAUCCAUAAGUUUCAACAUACAGAACCUCGUUGUGUUUUCAUGUAAACUUUGUUGCUUCCUAGUUUGCGAUCUUCUUGAUUUUGUCA